AUGCAAGCGUUUAGUUCAUCGAGAGAGAAGGGUGUUUGCACUUAUACAGCUGCCAUUUCUGGGCUGGUUGAGAAGGGUUUCCACUACUUCCACUCAAUCUUAGAUGUUCAUGGAAUAAGACAAGAACUGGACCAUUAUGCCUGCAUGGUGGAUCUUCUCGGCUGUGCAGGUUUGUUGGAUGAGGCUGAGAAGUUCAUUGCUUCAAUGCAGAUUGAACCAGAUGAUAUUGUAUGGGGGGCUCUCUUCAAUGCUUGCAGGGUUCAUGGAAAUGCUGAAAUGAGUCAAAGAGUUGGGAAUUUACGAAUAGAGUCUGAUCAAAACCAUGAUGGUCGUUAUGUUGCACUUUCAAGCAUUUUUGCUGAGUCCAUGAAAGGAGAAGAAGCUGAAGAAGUCAGGAAAGCUAUGAGAAGAAGAAAGGUAAAACGGGUACAGGGGUGUAGUUUAAUUGAAGUGAAUGGUGUUGUUCAUGAGUUUUUUGCAGGGGACAGAUACCAUGAAAAAGCAGACCCGAUUUAUAUGGCGUGA